CGAUAAGUUUUUGCUCUGGUCACACAUUGCUCGAACUGCUGUCCAUUGCAGAAAGUUUCGCGAACGUUGCCAAGCGAUUAAACCGAUCCGAACCGCCCGCGUACAUAAUAUAAUAUUCGUGAAAAUGAGUUCCAAGUCCCUUUUCGACAGCGAGGAGGAUGCCGCUCAGGCCAACAAAUUAUCCAGGAAAGCAAAGGAAUCGCCCUUCAUGCUUGUGGGUGAGUUUUGCCAAUUUCCGGACAGCGAAAGUUUUGCCGCCGUGACGUCACAUGGAAACUUUUGGCUCAGCAGCCAGCUAGAUACGCACAUAUCUACACACAUUUACGAAUGUACAUUGCGUGUGCGGCGGGGAAGUCGGCUAAUCUUGACCUUGGCCAUGAGUUUAACGUCAAUUUGGGGUCACUUUUUGAUGUCACUGUGUGACAUAACGGUGAAUGCAGUAUGAUCCGUAACUCGUUCUGGAGAGCGAAUGAUGUAACAGGAGUAUUUCGAAAUUCACGCAAAUCGCAAGGUAUUACCGGAUUCGUGGCCGCCGGAUUGAUUGGAGCGUACAAGUACCGGAACCGCGGAACGAUGAGCACCAGCGUCUUCCUGAUGCAGCUGCGAGUCGCCGCCCAGGGAACCGUCGUCGGAUGUCUGACCCUCGGACUGGCCUACAGCAUGGCCAAGGAGUACCUGUUCGACAAGGCGCCCAAGGAAAAGUAAUGGACAGUUCCUACUUAGUUAAUACUAGCUGUAGCUUAAGUUGUUUUAACCGCGUACAGAAAGAAUCCUGAAUCCCAAUCCCAAUUGAAUCCCCAAUACAAUUGUUUCAUAUUUAUGUCUAUUUCCAAAUGCUUUCGGUUUCCACAUGUCUAUUAACAUUCACUGAAACGCAUAUUCCCAUAUUCAUGACUGUCUAUUUAGUUUUCAUACGUUUUGAUUUAUUUAUUUCCCCUAUUUGAUUUACUCUUAAUUUUAGCACAAAGUCAUUGACUAACUAAAGACCAUCUGAUUGCUCGGCGUCCCUCUCUAAAAAUCACAAGAUGACAUCGGCUAGAUCACUUACACAUAAGCAAUCAGACCCUCUAUUUAUUGCAUCAUCAUGGUUCAUACCGAUCCACUUGGAUAGAAUCACUGGAGGGCAGGACUCUCGCAAGUAUUCCCGAGCGUUCAAGCCCACAACAUUAGAUACAGUUUUGUAAACCUGCGUAAGAUUGUGAUAUUGUGUGUUUUAAUGUACAAGUUGAACAUCCAAACGAAAGCUGUCGAAGCAGACGACAAGAUGAUAAAUACCUCUCGCAUGAUAUGAUAUACUUAAAUAAAUCAAUUUAGACU